CUUGAUAACUACUACUCUUAUCGCUCGCACACUCUCACUCCUUAAACUCGAGCGCUCACAUAGGACACUCUAGCUUGAGGCUUGUGUGUGCGCUUGUGGUCCGCUGAAUUGUCCAUUAGCAUCGCCUAAAUCGGGUCUAAGGAACACAAAAACAGAGGGACAUGGGGUCGGCGGAGUAUCAGCCAUUGUUGCUCGGGCUCGACUCUCACAGCCGGAUACCGGACCUGUCGUCGGUGGCGAUCGAGGAGUUCCUCGAGCACCGCCCCGUCGCGCUCCGGUGGUGGCCGCGCCUCGUGGCAUGGGAGUCGAGGCUGCUAUGGCUGCUCUCGGGCUCGUCCAUUGUGACGUCCAUCUUCAACUACAUGCUCAGCUUUGUGACCCUCAUGUUCACUGGGCACUUGGGUGCGCUGGAGCUUGCGGGGGCUUCCAUUGCCAGCGUGGGCAUUCAAGGCCUUGCCUACGGGAUCAUGUUGGGAAUGGCUAGUGCCGUGCAAACCGUCUGUGGCCAAGCCUAUGGUGCGAAGAAGUACGCCUCGAUGGGCAUCAUUUGCCAAAGAGCCAUAGUCCUGCACAUCGGAGCGGCUUUCCUGCUCACAUUCUUGUACUGGUUCUCUGGUGCGGCACUCACAGCUAUUGGCCAAUCGGAGAGCAUCGCCGAGCAAGGCCAGAUUUUCGCGAGGGGCCUAAUCCUCCAGCUGUAUGCGUUCGCAAUCGCGUGUCCAAUGCAGAGGUUCCUCCAGGCACAGAACAUAGUAAACCCUCUGGCUUACAUGUCUGUUGGGGUAUUCCUCUUGCACAUCCUUCUCACAUGGAUUGUUGUCUAUGUGUUGGACUACGGCCUCCUGGGGGCAGCUCUGACCUUGAGCUUCUCCUGGUGGCUCCUCGUCAUUGUAAACGGGCUUUACAUCAUCCUGAGCCCUUCUUGUAAAGAGACCUGGACCGGCCUGUCAAUGAAAGCAUUCCAGGGAAUCUGGCCUUACUUCAAGCUCACUGUGGCUUCUGCCAUCAUGCUUUGCUUGGAAAUAUGGUACUUCCAAGGUCUUGUGCUCAUUUCAGGUCUCCUCCCUGAUCCCACCGUAUCAUUGGACUCCAUAUCCAUUUGUAUGAACUACUUGAACUGGGACAUGCAAUUUAUGCUAGGGCUAGCUGCAGCCGCCAGUGUCCGUGUAAGCAAUGAGCUUGGGGCAGGUCAUCCUAGUGUGGCAAAGUUUUCGGUCUUGGUGGUGACUGGAACCAGCAUUCUCAUUAGUAUAGUGUUCUCAGCAAUUGUCCUGAUAUUCAAGGUAGGAUUGAGCAAACUCUUCACGAGCGAUACUGAAGUUAUCGAAGCAGUUUCUGCGAUAACUCCUCUGUUGGCCAUCUCUGUUUUCCUCAAUGGAAUUCAGCCCAUACUCUCAGGUGUGGCAAUUGGAAGCGGGUGGCAAGCCGUGGUGGCCUACAUCAAUCUAGCCACUUACUAUAUAAUUGGUCUCCCCAUCGGAUGCGUUCUUGGUUUCAAAACUAGCUUAGGAGCGGCGGGUAUCUGGUGGGGAAUGAUUGUUGGGGUUCUUCUACAAACAGCAGCCCUCAUCAUAUUGACUGCUAGAACAAAUUGGACUGCUGAGGUCGAAAAGGCUGCUACUCGCUUGAAGAGUUCGGCGAAUGUGGAGACAUUAGACCUGGUUGAUGAUGUAUAACGGUUGCUUAUUUAAUCUCCAUUCGGUUUCCAGCAUUUAGAUUGCAGGUCCUGCAUUUUUCUCACAAUGUGAGAGAAUAGAUAGGUGAAAUAUCUUGAUAGGCUUUUCUUUAUCAUUUUUCUCUUAUCGUGUAUAUAUGAGCCCAGAUUUUGAAGAGGGAAGGGAACCAUUUUCUUGUAACCGGCAACGUCUGUGAUAAAGAGCCUUCACAUAUUUCAAUCA